UUUUAUGCUUUAUAAACGUGGAAUUAUGGAAUUUAAUAACGGGAAUUCAUCAUUAGCAAGUACUUCUUCGUCUCUUCAAAUUCAAAAUGAAAUCGGAUGUGGAGACGUAAAGUUUGGUGAAAAUUCUGAAAUUACAAAUCGUUGUUAUUCUUCAUCAGAAAAUGUUGCAAGCAGUAGUUUUGGUGAUAAUUAUGGAAAUAUUUCUACCAAUUCUGAUCAAGAAGAUUCUUUAUUACAAACAACAAAAUUAUUUUUGGGGGGAGAAUGGAUUGAAAUACCUAAUGCACUUAUUAAUGAUGAGUUUACUUUUCGUUCUGCUAUUAAUAAAGAGUCAUUUCAAUCACUUUCACAGGCGGCUAAAAAUCAUUUAAAUCGUUAUUUGCCUGAUGGCGCUUGUUUAGAUGAAGUGUUAUCAUGUACAUUCUCAACUGACAAAAAUUUCUUUUUUGGGAAUCCAAUGGAGAAAUUCUUUAAAAAAAUUAGUGAUGGUUAUUUUAGUUCUUUUGAUCAAGUCCAAUUAAGAGAUCACAAACGGGUUCUUUAUGACCAUUAUAUUCGCCAUUAUCAUAUGAAUUUACUCAAAAAUUUGCUAGUUAGUCGGCAUGCACUUCUCGAAGCUACCUCCAAACAGAAAGCAAGUCUUGUCGAACAUUCCCGAGAUUCUCUUACUUCAGUUUCUUCCUCAAUUAAACAUUUACUUGGAGAAUUAAAACCACAAUCUUCUAAUACUAAAUUAAAAACAAAUAAACUUAAUUAUUCUAGACGCCGAUUAGCAAAACAUUCAAAUGUCAGACGACGUGCAAAAAUACGAGCGAGAUUAAUGAUUGAUGAUUGUCGUGUUAAAUCAGGUCAAAAUCCCGGUCUGUCUUCUGACGAAUCUGCCCAAGGUUUUUCUUCUCUGUUUUAUUUUGAAAAUAUAUUUUUAGAAGAAUGUUCUAUUCAACCACUUCCUCAAAAUUCUCGAAGUACAAUGUUUACAGAAAAAUUUCCUGUUGAUUUGGAUUUAUACCAGCCAAUAAAAUUGCGCGAUGUUGCUGAUCUUUAUCGAGAAUAUCGCUAUUUGCGUGAAGUUGAACCCGUAACUGCCAUUUUUCUUAUCAAUUUUUCUUUUAUUUUCAGGAUUGCCCAAGUCUUGAUAUUAGUGACAUAA